GCAUGACCUUACCAUUAUGGUGACAGCGCGUGUAUUUCGCGUUCUGCUUCAUGAACGGCGCAAUUUGAUGACAUCAGACCAGUGACACGUGCAUUAGUGCCAGGGCUAUGGGAAGAUUUUGUGAUUCAAGGUAACUACCCCAAGAUAAGUCCGAAAAAUGUCCACCGAAGGGAACAAGGACGCGAAGCCGGUUACCGAUGGGGAUAGUGGCGCUGGAAGCGAAUCGGAGGAUAAUGAACAGAACGAUACCCAAGCUGGUGAAACGGAGGUACUCUCGAAGAGGCAGAGGAAGAAACUGUUGAGGCGCCAGCAAUGGGAGGACCAGAGGGACUUGCGCAAGCAGAGGCGCAAGGAGAAGAAGCAGAAGAGGCGGCGGGAGAGACAGGCUCAGGGUGAUGAGGAGGCAGAGGGGGCCAGGAAGCGCCUGCGUAGGGAGACCGCGCCCAGCUCGCUGAGGCUGGUGGUGGACUGCAGCUUUGACAGCUUAAUGGCGCUGAAGGACGUUAAGAAACUCCACAAGCAAAUUCAGAGGUGCUAUGCUGAGAACCGGAGAGCUCUACACCCCAUGCAGUUUUAUCUGACCAGUCAUGGCGGGCAGUUAAAGCAGAACAUGGAUGAAAGAGACAAAGGAUGGGUGAACUGGAAGGACAUAAAAAUCGAGCCAGAGCACUUCCAACAAAUUUUUAACAAGGAGGAGCUAGUGUAUCUGACCUCCGACUCGUCCAAUGUCUUGACGGAGCUGGACCAGAAAAAGGCCUACGUGAUUGGAGGGCUGGUGGACCACAAUCAUCACAAGGGAAUUACCUUUAAGCGUGCUCAGGAACUGGGGAUCGACCAUGCGCAGCUACCCCUGGACAGCUUUGUCAAGAUGAACAGCCGUAAAGUGCUGGCUGUUAACCACGUAUUUGAGAUCAUCCUGGCAUACCUGGAGAAAGGAGACUGGCAGGAGGCCUUCUUCACUGUCCUGCCCCAGAGGAAAGGAGCAGUCCCUGUGGGCCAGGAGGGCUCAGCCUCCAAGGGUGGGGCAGAACAGCAGGACUCAGACAGUGACUCUGACUCGGCAGAGCCAAUCACAAAAGACUGCUUUGGUGCACUGGACCAACAGAAUUGCAGGGAACAGGGCGGACAGGAGGCUGGGCACAGCGAAUCAGAACAGCCCAUUACUGAAGGCACUGCUGCCUAGACUAAUAUGCCCCUCCCCCCACCCAUUUCUCAAGUUUAAGUGUGUAUUAAUUGAUAUUGUUAUGUUCAAAAUGCCUUUUUAAAAAUAGUGUCCUUAGUUUGAUAUAUGUAUGCAUCCGUGCAUGCGUGUACAGAUGAGAUACUGAGAUACGAGUUUUCACAGACAUUUUUUGGUUUGGAAAAAUGUAUAUUGGCAGUAGCUGCCCUCUGAAUGAUUUAUGAAGUAGUUUUUCUUUGCAGAAUAUCUUUCUGUGUUAUAAAUCAGAUAAUGAAAAUGUACUACAGCUAUUGUGUUCAAUAUGUUGUAGUAAAAAAGUCUUCUCUCAGUCACAAUCAAGAGACUAUCAAAUUCAAAAUAAUAAACAUGAAAUACUUCCA